UCCAUGUUCCAUCCAUAAGCCCCUGCUCUUCCAAGACCAAUUCGAGACCCCUCAGCUUCCAUCCCUUCCCUCCACAAAGAGAGCAACAGGACAUGGCAGCGAAGAGGCUCCGCGAUGACUCCGAUCAAGGGUCUGACCCAUCGCAGAACAAGCGGAUGCGAAGCGUACCUUCGUUCUCGACGGUGAUUAGAGAGGCUAUGAUGGCGAAAUCUCUACAGAACUUCUUCUUUGUCUUGGAACCAUUGCUUCGCAAAGUGGUGCAAGAGGAGGUCGAGCAAGGAGUAAUUCGCAGCAUCCACUCAUUUCAGAGGUCUAUCCCGACUCAGAUUGAAGCAGCAGAAUCAUCAAGCUUGAAGCUUGCAUUCAAGCAGCAACCUUCACUCCCCAUAUUCACUGGCAGCAAGAUAAUGGACAUUGAGAAUAACCCACUCCAGAUCAUCAUCGUAGAUGUAGCUAACGGAGAGGUUCCUUUAUCCUCAUUACCAUCAGCUGUCAAAGUAGAAAUACUAGUCUUAGAUGGAGAUUUUCCUUCGGGAGAUGGAAAUGAGUGGACCAGCGCAGGAUUCCAGAAAAAGAUCGUGAGGGAGAGGACCGGGAAGAGGCCAUUGCUCACAGGGGAUGUCAAUGUUACACUGAGAGAUGGCACUGCUUACAUCUCUGAUAUCUCCUUCACUGAUAAUUCUAGUUGGAUAAGAAGUCGACACUUCAGGAUUGGUGCCAGAGUCGUGCCGAAGGGCUACAAUGGUCCAAGCAUUAAAGAAGCCAUGACCGAGCCCUUCAUGGUCAAGGAUCACAGAGGAGAAUUGUACAGGAAACAUUAUCCCCCAGCUCUUUGGGACGAGGUAUGGCGACUAGAGAGGAUAGGGAAGGAUGGGGCGUUCCACAGAAAGCUGUCGGCAGAGAGCAUCAACACGGUCCAGGACUUCUUGAAGCUGUGCGCCGUCGAACCUGAUCGUCUCCGCAGUAUAUUGGGAGUGGGGAUGUCGGAUCGCAUGUGGGAAGGAACAGUUGCUCAUGCAAAGACCUGCAUCAUCGGAGACAAGCUUUACCUACACCGAGGACCACAAUGGAGCCUUGUCUUAAACCCUAUAUGUGAAGUGGUGUCGAUUGUGACUGGUAGCAUGACCUGCACAGUGCAAGAGCUAAGCAGACCUCAGAUGGCCUAUGUGCAGCAUCUGGUUGAAGAAGCAUAUCGAAACUGGGACAACUUGGAAGAGACUGAUGGAUUGCUUCAUCCGAGCGUUGUUUUGCCACAAAAUUUGGGGAUGCAACAGCAAUGUGAGAUGGAUACAUCGCUUUGGUAUUCCGUUCAUCAAGAGAAUGCAAUAGAUUACAGAGUUGGAGGAUACGAUAUCGUCAGCUCUGUGCAGCCUUUCUACGACUGAAACCAAACGACAACCCAUAAAGUCUAGUCUCGAUGUAAAUUAAGCUUAGAAAUCAUAGCAUCUAUUGUUAGGUACGAAUCGGGUGCCCUGAUUGCUUGCUUGUUGACGAUGAUACAGAACGUAGCAAGCGACAAGAGGCGUACGUACGUAUACGGAUUCUUUGGUUGUUCUUCUACUGUAACUCACUUUUCUUUGAAGAUUGUAAGUCUGUUUGUUUGAGGAGGCGGGGUGGAGUAAAGACUGAUGACGUUCACAAACAUGUGGGCGUCCGGUCUAUUCCUAACGACAGUCCCUCGUUUGUACAAAUGAUCAUCAUAUUAGGAAAAAGGUUGGUCCAAAAAUGAUCACGUUUCUCUUGAGUUGCA